UUCGAAUAUUCAAGGGGAUGGUUGCGGAUAUUUCCUGAUGUGGAGCUUAGUCAGCUCUUCCCCUUCCCCUCGAGCUCGACCGCGCCCAGCCCAGGGCCCAGGUCCCACAGCUUCGAGCAAACAGCGCAGCCGCAGAUGCAACCCACCCAGGCACACGACGACGACACCACCCGCAACACUUUAUUGACAGUUCUCUCCUUCGCGCCAGCUAUUAGUUCGCCCUAACGCACCUUGCAUUGCUGCUUCGGCGCUCGUCCCGCCCACCACCACCAGGGUCUCUGUUACCCUCCCCGCCUCACCCCUCGUUGCCUUUCCCAUUUUCGCCACUCCCCUUCACAAUCAACAUACGCAAGCUUCACAAAGGCAGCUCAUCAUGGAGAACAACCAGCAGGGUUUUGACCAGUCUGCGUAUUUGGACAAUGCUAUCCGUGCCGUGAAGGAUAAGAAGCCGCUUCCGGAGAUCGACUUCACUUUACAUACAAUGGAAGAUGGCACACAAGUCAGCACUUUAGAGCGCGUAUGCAAAGAUGUCCAGGCUCCUGCCUUCCACCCGCCCACGCAAGAACAGUUUCUGUCGCCCCAAGACCGCACGAAACCAAAUCUUCAAUUUCUCAAGCAGCACUUCUAUCGCGAGGGUCGCCUGACAGAGGACCAGGCGCUGUGGAUCAUAAGGAAAGGCACCGAGAUUCUCAAGUCCGAGCCUAAUUUGUUGGAGAUGGAUGCCCCCAUUACCGUAUGCGGCGAUGUUCACGGACAGUACUACGACCUGAUGAAGUUGUUCGAAGUCGGUGGAGAUCCGGCCGAGACACGCUAUCUGUUUCUGGGCGACUAUGUCGAUCGAGGGUAUUUCAGCAUUGAGUGCGUCCUGUACCUCUGGUCACUGAAGAUCUGGUAUCCCAAUACUCUUUGGUUGCUGAGAGGGAACCACGAGUGUCGGCACUUGACUGAUUACUUCACCUUCAAGCUCGAGUGCAAGCACAAGUACUCAGAGGCCGUGUACGAGGCUUGCAUGGAGUCCUUCUGCGCACUUCCCUUGGCCGCCGUCAUGAACAAGCAAUUCUUGUGUAUACAUGGCGGACUCAGCCCGGAACUGCAUACUUUGGAAGACCUCAAGAGUAUUGAUCGUUUCAGGGAACCUCCUACUCACGGAUUGAUGUGCGAUAUCCUAUGGGCUGAUCCACUUGAGGAGUUCGGGCAAGAGAAAACAAACGACUUCUUCGUACACAAUCACGUCCGUGGAUGCUCGUACUUCUUCUCGUACCCUGCGGCAUGUGCCUUCCUCGAAAAGAACAACCUGCUUUCCAUCAUUCGUGCACAUGAAGCCCAGGAUGCAGGCUAUCGCAUGUACAGGAAAACUCGGACGACCGGUUUUCCAAGCGUCAUGACCAUCUUCAGUGCGCCGAACUACUUGGACGUAUACAACAACAAGGCAGCCGUGUUGAAAUAUGAGAACAAUGUGAUGAAUAUCCGGCAAUUCAAUUGUACUCCGCACCCCUACUGGCUCCCCAAUUUCAUGGACGUUUUCACGUGGUCUCUUCCUUUUGUGGGUGAAAAAAUCACCGACAUGCUCAUCGCAAUACUCAAUACUUGUUCCAAGGAGGAGCUCGAAGAAGAGACCCCGAGCUCACUGUCUUCUGAUGCGGCUUCUCCACCCCUACCAGAGAAUAUGGACCCGAAUUCAACAGAGUUCAAGAGGCGUGCAAUCAAGAACAAGAUUCUUGCCAUUGGCAGGCUCUCCCGCGUAUUCCAAGUUUUGCGCGAAGAAUCAGAGCGUGUAACUGAGUUGAAGACUGCUUCUGGAGGUCGGCUCCCAGCAGGAACUCUGAUGCUCGGUGCAGAGGGCAUCAAGCAGGCCAUUCAUAGCUUUGAAGACGCUCGGAAAGUCGACUUACAGAAUGAGAGACUGCCACCAAGCCAAGAGGAGGUUCGGAGGUCUCAGGAAUUGAGUCGAGAGCAGGCUCUCGAAAAGGCCACCAAAGAGGCCGAAAAUGAUCCAGGCCUUCAGACUGUGGCCAGAAGGAUCAGCAUGUCCUCCGGCUCGGGACGCGGCAGGAAAGGCUGAUAGGAUCACGAAAUAUAUGCCUCUGCUUGAUGAUGGGAACGAGUUCCUGUUUCCUUUGGAUCGGCAGCUUCAGCACGUAUACCCGACUCGGAGGAUUUAUUAACGUGUGUUUAUGCUCGAGGUCAGGACUUAGAGUAUACAUACAAUAAACGAUAAUGAUGGCGGGUUGGAGACUUCCUUUAGGCAGCUUUGCACAAAUUUUACAUUUACUUGAGUCGUAGAAUCCGAUUCCUG